ACCCUGCCAAAAUCGAUCGCAACUGUCAAAAGCGUGAAUUUUCUUCAAAGGUGUGAAAAGUGGAAGCCGCAAGCUGCUGGUAAAGUUCCGAGAAUAUCCAGGAUCAACCCACCGGAAACGGACCGCACUACAUCGCAUCGCAAUGGACACGUCCGAGGAGGUGCUGUGCUUUGAGGAGUCAGCUUCGUCGAUUAGCAAUGGCGGCGGCGGCGGCGGUGGUGGCGUCGGAGAUAAUGAGGAAGCCAACGAUGCCGAAGCGGCUGCGCACGGGGAGGAAGGAGCGGACGAGCAGCUGGGGACGACGGAGAAAGAGGGUGAGGAAAAUGGCUUACAGGAAUCGUCGGUGAGUGUUAAGGGGCAGGAUCCGGCGGAUGACGAGGACGUGAUUGUGCUGGACUCGGACGACGAGGACCAGAAGCCGGUGCUGGCGGAGCUGGAGGCCAAGCUGAAGAAGGUUGAGGUGGUGAAGAAGACGGCGGAGGUGGCGGAACCGGAUGAUGCCGUGCCGGAAGAUAUGGCCGAUAUGACGGUGGUGGACGAGGCCGACUGUUCGGACGCGGACAGCGAUCUGGACGAGAAUGGCGAGUCGCGCCAGUGGGACUGUCCGCUGGCGAAGAAGGCGCCGAGGACGUACCGCGAGAAGGACUUCCGGCCGACGGAGAAGGAUCCGCGCUGCAAAGACGAUUGGACGCUGGCCUCGUUUUGGCCCGUGUACGUGAGCAACUUCCGGCUGUUUAACAAGUUCGACACGGAUACGAGCUGCAUCCACGCGGUUCACAAGUAUUUUGCGGCCAAGGGAUUGCCGUCGUUUAUGGUGUUCCGUUGGAAGGAUAGCUUCUUCAACGACUACCAGAAGCGGGUUGGGGUGUACGACUUUUUGGUGUAUUUCUGCACCGAGAAGGACGCGAACCGGGCCAUCCAGUGGUGCAACCGUGAGUCGUACUACGGCCACAAGCUGAACGUCUACAGCGGCCGUACGCCGGAUCUGUUUUCGAAGCAAAAGUCGUGGCGCCUGAAGCACCUGAAGGCCGAGGACAAGCUCGAAACCGAGUCGAACCUGGAGCAGUAUCUGCGUCGGUACGGCGAAGUCCGUUGCGUUUCCAAGCAGGACCUGGACGGAGUGCUGGUCGAGUUUGACAAGACUUUUGAAGACUUUGAGAGUUUGUUUGCCGAAGAUCGUCGUAUUGAGGCGUCCCCCAUUGAGGGACCGGUCUCGCGGCAGCGAUUCGUCGAGCAGGACGUCGAGGAGGAAAUUUUAAAGUGGAUCGAAGGCAAGCCAAAGGUCGUGAAAACUCGACCACGGAACUUCCUGCUUCGGUCGCUGAAACAUGGCGUCAUCCCGGAAAUGUGGAAUCUGUGGCUCAAGACCGAAGCGGAAGCCCUGGCCGAGUUUAAAAACAAGCGUCGCGAAGGCCCACCUGGCCGCGCUGCUGACCGAAAGCAGCAAGUCAGCCGCCGGGGCAAUCCAGUUCCGAAUCGCGCCGGACAAGGUGGCGCCAAACAAGCGCCCCGAUCGCAAAACUAUCGCUCGAAUCAGGCUGGCGGCGGCGGCGGCGCAGGUGCCAAAAAUCUCCGGGAACCUCUGCCGCCCAGACCGCCGCGCCGCGACAGAUCCCCGUACCGUGGGUCGUCCCCGCCGAGGCGUCGCCCGGAGCGGUCCCGGUCCGGCCAUCGAAGUGGUCCGACCCGGCCGCUCGAUGACAUCGACAAGAUCAUUAAGCUGAAGCAGGAGCUGGCCAAUCUGUACGCGCGCCAGCUGGAUGGCGUCAGCUCGCCCGGUCCUCGGCACGGACCGAGAGACGGCGCAGGUGGCAGUGGCAACAUCAGGAACCGCCCCCAGCCGUACCACUGGAACAAGCAGCGCGACGAUCUACUCCUAGAGGUCGGCGGACGCCGAGAUGACAGCAGCUUUAGGCGUAACCCGGUUGGAGGCCCACCUCCAAACAGACCACCGUACAACAACAACAACACCGGCAACAACAGCAACAAUCGCAACCCGGGGCCGGGAGCAGGAGCGGGGCCAAAUGGGAACGGGCAAGCCUUCCCCAAGCGGAAUCGCAUCCGCGGCAGGAAGAAGCCACGUGGAGCGGGUGCCGUUGGAGGAGCGGCUGCUCCGCGGGCGAAUCCGUAAAGGAAUUAUUUUAACAAAUAAGUUGGAGAGAAACUUAACACAAACAUUGCAUAACAACAUUUAAACAAACAAACUUACGAUUAAGAUUGACUUUCAAUUCGCUUCACAGCUAGCACAGCUGUGUUGUGUGUGUAUUAAUAAAUGAUUCAGUGAAACGGAA